AUGACUACAACUCUAUCUUCUGAAUCAGCUAAUUGGAUUCUUCCUUCAUAUCCAAGAACAUUUACAUCAACAUUACCAAAUUAUGAAGAAGCUCCACCAUUUCGUGUUAAUCAUGAAGGUGUUAAAAAUUAUGUUAAAAAUCGUGGAAGUUUAAAUAUUGGUGAUUGGGCUAUUGAAGGUAGACGAAUGUCAACAACAGCAACAACAGUAUCAGAUAAUCAACAGUCAAAUUUAGUGCAACCAAAAGUAUUAGGAUCUGAGGCUUUACGAAAUUAUAAUAAAAGUCGUUGUUCAACACCAAAUCUUAUCUAUGGAGAUCUUCAACCACCUGAUUCUCAUCAUGGUAUGCGUGUAAAACGAGAAGGUCAAGCUAAUUAUGAGAAAAACCAUAAUUCACAAGUAAAAACAUUACAAGAAAAUUAUGGAAAAUUACCCUUACCAAGACAACCAGCGCCUCAUAUACAAGGAGAAGUAGCAACAAAUCUUUAUUAUUUACAUCAAGAAGGUCAGAUGGGUCCUAUAUUAAAUAAUUAUGGUCGUUCAUCUGCUACACCAAGAUCAGUACCUCCUCAUGUUAAAGGACUAGCUGCACAAAUGAAUCGUGAAAAGGGUCGAGGAGAUUCUCAAUUACUUGAACAUGGUAUUAAACGUCAUGUACCAACUUCAGAACUAAAUCUUAAAGGAGAACAAGCUCAUUUAAAUUACGAUAUGGGUCAAGGACAUCAUGUCAAUGAACUUUUUCAUCGGUAUGGUAAAUUACAACAAUCAGCUCGAACAGCACCAAAAGUAAAAUUUGAUGGUGUUGAUAAUUUCGCUAAAGGUCAAGGUGAUUCAAUGAGAAAAACACUUUCGCAAUGUCCACCGACAAAUCGUCGUAUGGAACGUCCGCAAACUGCGCCAUUUUGGCAAUAA